AUGGCCACAAUCCUCCGUCAGCCCACCUUCUGCUCGCAUUGCCGUGAAUUCAUAUGGGGUUUAGGCAAACAGGGCUACCAGUGCCAGGUGUGCACGUGUGUGGUGCACAAGCGGUGUCACGAGUCAGUGGUGACCAAAUGUCCCGGUUGUAAGGAGCAGAGCGACGACUCGCUAAUGGCCGGCCGUUUCAACAUAAACGUGCCGCACAGGUUCGUGGUGCACAGCUUCCGCACCCCCACCUACUGCAACCACUGCGGCUCCAUGUUGUACGGCAUCUUCCGACAGGGCCUCAAGUGCGCCGAAUGCGAUCUAAAUGUCCACAAGAGAUGUCAGACGAACGUCGCGAACAAUUGCGGCAUAAAUGCGAAAGUGUUGGCCGACGCCCUCCAAGGGUUAGGCAUUUCGGGCGAAAAGCUGAACAAAUCGGGCAAAAAGAAGAAGACGUCGAUCAGUGAGUCG